ACAUGACAAAGGAAUGGAAGAAGCGGUUCAUCGUCGACGACGCCCCGACACUCGCCGUCAACCGCAUCUUCACGAUGGCUCAAGGGAGCACACCGACACGUGACUGGCUCACGGAUUGGCAGAAAAGCGUGGCAACGCCCGACUUGGACUUGUCAUUUCCGCAUCUGCGGCGUGAGUUUUACAACAGGUCAUGCGCCGCUCUCAGCCUCGCACUUGGCGAUCGCGAGCAGUACAGCACUUUCGCAGAGAUCAUCAACAAGGCGAGAGAGCUCAUCAAGACUAACAGGCCGGCUGCACACGAGAAGUCCACGUGGCAGCCAACCUAUGUGGAGAAGGUACGAACUGGUCUGCGACAGCAGCAGUUCGCUGCAGUCCAGUCAGACAGUGGAGAUAACCCAGCAGCCAUUCCAGCAUCAAGUGACGGAGAUCAGGUGGCUGUUGUCCAGCCGCGAAGCAACAACAAGUCCCGCAACAAUGGGAAGGCGAAAUCCGCAUCGCAGGCAGGAAAUGGACAGCCAGUACAAGUUCCAUGGGUCAAAUUUGGAUUGACCGAGGCGGAGUACAAGCUCGGGAAACUGAGCUCCGCGGAAGGUGAGGCGAUUCCACCUUCUACUCCGCCAGAUUCGGACGCCUUGCUAGAGGCCUCCUGCACAUCUGGGGAGAGCGCGAAUGUCGCAAGUCCUCGGUAUACUUACGAGGAUUAUGCUGUCCACUUGGUUCCACCGCUGGACCAACCGCUCCACGUGCAACAAUUCACCGCAUGCACGGUUUUAUCACCAUCGGCAACCGAUUCGGCAGCUUCGCCGCAAUCUAUCGCCAGGGAUUCGACGUCAUGGUCAAGACUUGAAGAGCUCGACCCAUUGACGUUCACGGACUUCCAGUGGAUGCCCGUUCCCUCGACCGGACAAUUGUCGAAACCGCAUUGCAACGUGCUCAUGGCACAAUUGCGGGAUUACUUGCACACUGCAGUACCAGCUCCGUUGAUGGACGACGGAGCAGAGGUUGUCAACCUUCACGCUUACAUCGUGAAGAUCGGCCGCGAGUUCAAGACGCAACGGUUCGACGACAUCGACGCACCAUUGCUAUAUGUACGCAUUCAAAUUGGACAGGCGACCUGCAGUGCCUUGAUCGAUUGCGGAGCAUCUCGCAACUAUAUCAGCCAGGACUUCAUGGUGCGCGCCGGCCUUGGCCCACGUGUCCGGAGGAAGUCCCAGCCUACGCAAGUCACUCUGGCAGACGGUCAUACGCACAAGUCCAUUGACCAGUGCAUGAACGCCGUCCCAAUGUACUUUGCCCCUCACGCAAGUGAGGCGGUGUCCUUUGACGUUUUGGACACCAAAUUCGACAUGAUCUUGGGCAUGUCAUGGCUCCGAAGCGAGGAUCACCCGGUGAACUUCUUCCACCGCACCGUUCACAUCCGUGAUCGGAACGGAGUACUAGUUCCAUGCACGGUGCCUCUUCCUCAUCCUUCGAUUAGCUGCCACGUGGUAUCCGCCGCAAGCAUGCGAGCUUCCAUCAUCAGAGACGACAUCGAGGAGAUGGGGGUGUGUUUUCUCCACGCCCUCCCGCCCCAUGACGCUUCAUCGACGGACUCACCUUCGGAUCCACGCAUCAUCGAACUUCUCGACGCCUACAGCGACGUGUUCGAAGGCCCRCACGGAGUGGUACCGGAUCGACCCAUCCGCCACGAGAUCAUCCUCGAGGACGGGGCUGUACCUCCGCGCGGUUGCAUCUACCGUAUGAGUGAGGAAGAGUUAAGUGUGCUUCGGGCACAACUCGACGACCUUCUAGAGAAAGGCUGGAUUCGGCCUAGCUCAUCGCCAUACGGUGCCCCUGUUCUCUUCGUCCGGAAGAAGAACAAGGACCUGCGGUUGUGCAUCGAUUAUCGCAAGCUCAACGCGCAUAUGAUCAGGAACACCGGCCCUCGCCCACACAUCGAUGACCUUCUCAAGCGAUUGGGUGACGCCCAAUUCUUCUCUAAGCUGGAUCUUAAGUCAGGGUACCACCAACUCGAGAUUCGCAAGGAGGAUCGCUACAAGACCGCGUUCAAGACACGGAUUGCUGCACCUAUGACGAGGUUACAGUCGCCAAAGGUGCCAUUCGUAUUCGAUGACAACGCACGCCGCUCAUUCCAAGCACUUAAGACGGCUAUGCUCAUGGCACAUGUCCUUAGCAUCUAUGACCCCACCCUGCCGACGCGAGUGACUACGGACGCUUCCGGCUAUGGCAUGGGGGCAGUCUUGGAACAGCACGACGGCGACGACUGGCACCCUGUGGAGUAUUUCAGCCACAAAGUGCCUCCCAUCAACUCGCUUGAUGAUGCAAGGAAGAAGGAGCUGCUCGCAUCCGUGAUGACUCUCAAGCGCUGGCGGCACUUCCUCCUUGGGCGUCGUAGGUUUACAUGGGUCAUAGACAACAAUCCAUUGACCUACUAUAAGGCGCAGGACACGGUGAGCAGCACGAUUGGACGAUGGAUGUACUUCAUCGACCAAUUUGACUUCACACCGAAACAUGUCCCCGGCCUCUCCAAUCGCGCAGCAGAUGCACUCUCGCGAAGACCUGAUCUUUGCGCUAUGACACAUCAUGCCUUCGCAUUCGACGAGGAGCUUCAGCGACACUUCAUCCGCGUAUAUAAGUCUGAUCCGAACUUCGGCACGCUCGUUGCACAGCUAUCUUCGGAUCACCCGCCAGCCAGCCAUUACCGCAUUGCCAACGGGUACUUGCUCCUCCACUCGAGAGGCAAGGACUUACUAUGUGUCCCACGCGACCGUCGUCUUCGGACUCGCCUCCUCGGCGAGUAUCAUGAUUCACGACUCGCCGACCAUUUAUGAGUCAACCACACUAUUGCACGGCUUCGACAACGAUUCUGAUGGCCUGACCUCAUUACCGACGUCACUCGGUAUUGCGACU